AUGCCUAGCCGUAUUGCCGAAGACGAGCUCACUGAGCUUAAUCUACCUUAUUUUCAAGCAAAGACAUCAAUAGUUGAUGCGGCAGAGCGUAUUGUCCGUCUUGCCCGCGGACCUAGAGAUACCCUGAUCACUCUCAGCUUCGAGCACUGCGCGACAGCUUCUCUGCAAAUUGCUCUGAAGUACAAGCUUGCCAGCCACAUCCCACUUGAAGGGAGCACAGCAUACGCAGCUGUUGCUGAAGCCGUCAGCAAGCCCGAGGUCACCCCUGCUCUCGUCGAACGCAUUCUCCAGCACACAUCUUCCUAUGGCUUGUUCGAAGCCCGGCCAGGCGGUACUGUCGCCCACAACGCCAUGUCUGCGCUGCUUGUGACAGACCCUGACCUAGAAGCAUGGAUGGACCUGAGUGCCACCAUCGCUUACCCAGCUGGAGCUUCUGUCCCCAAAGCCCUACAAAACUACGGCUACAGCAUGGAGGCGAAUGAGUCUGCCUAUGGAGUUUCUAUUGGCAGAAAUAUUUCCCAAUUCCAGCGCUUUCGCGAAGCAGAUGGUCAGCAGUUACACGACAUGUUCGCUCGCGCCAUGCGCGGCAUUGCGGUUGGCGGUGCCUACGACCUACGUCACGCUGUUGACGGCGGAUACCCCUGGCACUUGCUGGAGCAGGACCACAUCCGUCUCAUUGUCGAUGUCGGCGGUGGCCCUGGCCACAUCUCCAUGGCUCUGGCCAAGAAGUACCCCAAGCUCCAGUUCGAGGUACAAGACUUGCCCGAGACUGUCGAAGUUGGGGCCAAGUCCUGCCCCGAGGGGUUGAAGAGCCGCGUCACUUUCCGCCCCCACGACUUCAUGAAGCCUCAGCCUGAGCAUAAGGUUGCAGAUGGAGAAGGCAUUGCGUAUUUCUGUCGUUUCAUUCUUCACGACUGGAGCGACAAGUAUGCCCAAAAUAUUCUUCAGAGUCUAGCGUCGUCUCUGAGACCUCAAGACCGCAUCAUCAUUAACGAUGUGGUGGUCCCCGAGCCGGGACAAGAGAGCCGUGAGAGAGAGCGCAGAAUGCAUGACCGUGAUUUGUUGAUGUUGAUGAACCUUAAUGGUCGCGAGCGGACGAGAACUGCAUUCGAGAACCUCUGCAGUGCGGUGACGCCUAAGCUUCAAGUAAAGACAGUAUUCCGCCCUGAGCUUGGGGAACUUUCUCUCAUCGACAUAAGCCUAGCAUGA